GCCGGGGUCGGGGCCGGGGUCCGCCCGGGUGGACGUGCUGCUGCGCCGGCCCCAGGCCCGCUACACCCUGCAAGGGGCGCUCCUGGCCGCCGGCCCCCACCCGCACCCCCUGCAGGGGCGCCUCGUCCUGGUGGACGAAGCGGAGCCGGAGCUGGAGGCCGGGUCGGAGGCCGGCUGGAUCGGGGUCGUGCCCGUGGGCGAAGAGCAGGGCGAACCCACGCGGAGCCCCACCCGGGACACCUUCACCGCCGCGGCCGGCGUGGUGGACAAGAUGAAGCGGGCCCUGGUCCUGGGAGCGUCGGCGCUGCUCAUCCUGGCUCUGAACCAGAACGCCAUUCGCGAGCUGGAUGUGUCCCAGGUCCCGUCCAAGCCGGUCAUCGUCGUCCAGACCUCGGACAACGUCACCAAGCUGCUGGCGGCCCUGCUGCGGGGACUCCAGGCCACCGCCGAGAUCACCUACCAGGCCAUGCUCCUGGAGAACGUGGGCGUCACCCUGACGCUGUGGUCGACGUGCGGCCUGUCCCGCGGCGGCCUCUACGGGGAGUGGCAGGGGGUCAUCUGUCCGGAGGAGGCCGGCUCCCGCGGCCAGAAGUGCCUGCAGCAGCUGUGGAACACCAUCCUGCUGGUGGCCCUGCUCCUGGGCACGGGCCUGGUGGUCCAGGCCCAGCGCCAGUCCCGCCAUCACCCGCCUGACCGGGAUGACCAGGGUUCCCCGCUGGAUCUGAAGCAGCGGAUCCUGAGGAGGCUCUCGGCCCUGAAAACCCGGCGUUACCACCCGGGCCGGCAGCCCCGGGCCCACGUGCCCGACAUCCAGACCUGUGCCGUCUGUCUGGAUCGGUUCUGCAAGAACCAGUUCCUGCGCGUGCUCCCCUGCCUGCACGAAUUCCAUCGAGACUGCGUGGACCCCUGGCUCCUCCUGCAGCAGACCUGUCCCUUGUGCAAACACAACAUCCUGGGGAGCUGCCGUGCCUCCCGUGACGCCCCGGGGUCGGAGGACAGCUGACAGCUGCACUUUGCGGACGCCCCCGGGCCGGGCCCGGGGAGCGUGUGGCAGCCCCGCCGGAACAGACCUCAUCUCCUGGGGCCGGGGGGGAGGGGCGCGGAGGAGCCCCGGGCCACCUCCCGCCCCCCAGCCAGCGAGGGCCGGCCAGGGAGGACGGCGCACGCCACUUCCCGGACACCGAGCGGACGGCCUGAGUGGUGGGUUCUGAGGGGUCCUCCCGGGUCUCUCCGUCCCCCCGACCCCGGCCCGACCGCCGGAGGAGGGGAGGCUGGAGACGGGGUCGGGGGGCCGCCCCCAAGGAACCGUUCCUGCCCCGGAUGUCUCUCCGGCCUGGCCCGCGGCUACCGAGGCCCUCCCUGCUCUCGGGAAAGCCGGAAACGGCUCUGUGUUUGGUGCGUAUUUAUUAGGGGGUGGGGCGUGGAGGGGCCGGGGGACCGGGGCCAAGUUUCCUCUGUACGGUCAGCGCCAUUAAAGCCACGAGACACUGCC